AUGGAUUUAGAACAUAUGGAUACAGACUAUGACGUAAUUGUCCUUGGUACAGGUAUUACUGAAUGUAUCUUAUCAGGGUUACUUUCUGUUGAUGGUAAGAAAGUGUUACAUAUUGAUAAACAAGACCAUUAUGGUGGUGAAUCCGCUUCAGUCAGUUUAACUGAAUUAUAUACGAAAUUUAAACAAAACCCAAUCUCGAAGGAAAAUAUUGAAAAAAAAUUUGGUAGAGAUAGAGAUUGGAAUGUGGAUUUAAUACCAAAGUUUUUAAUGGCCAAUGGUGAAUUAACCAAUAUUUUAGUUCAUACCGAUGUUACUAGAUAUGUGGAAUUCAAACAAAUCUCAGGUUCAUAUGUUUUUAAACAAGGUAAGAUUUAUAAAGUUCCAGCCAAUGAAAUUGAAGCUGUUUCAUCGCCAUUGAUGGGUAUAUUUGAAAAAAGAAGAAUGAAGAAAUUCCUCGAAUGGAUCAGUUCAUAUCAAGAAGAUGAAAUCAAGACUCAUCAAGGUUUAGAUUUGGAUAAGAAUACUAUGGAUGAAGUUUAUUAUAAGUUCGGGUUGGGUAAUUCUACCAAGGAAUUCAUUGGCCAUUCAAUGGCUUUAUGGACCAAUGAUGAUUAUCUUCAAUUGCCAGCUAGACCAACAUUUGAAAGAAUCUUAUUAUAUUGUCAAAGUGUUGCUCGUUAUGGGAAAUCCCCUUACUUAUACCCCUUAUACGGUCUUGGUGAAUUACCACAAGGUUUUGCAAGAUUGUCUGCCAUCUAUGGUGGUACAUAUAUGUUGGAUACCCCAGUGGAAAAAGUCGAUUAUGAUUCAGAUGGUAAAUUCAAAAGUGUCACCACCAAAUUAGGUACAUUUAAGGCACCAGUUGUUAUUGCUGAUCCAACUUAUUUCCCUGAAAAAUGUAAAAGUACUGGUCAAAGAGUCAUUAGAGCCAUUUGUAUUUUAAACCAUCCUGUUCCAAAUACAAACAAUAGUGAUUCAUUACAAAUUAUUAUACCACAAAGUCAAGUUGAUAGAAAAAACGAUAUUUAUAUUGCUGUUGUUUCCGAUGAACAUAACGUUUCAUCUAAAAACCAUUAUUUGGCCAUUAUUUCGACUAUUGUGGAAACUAAUCAACCUCAUGUUGAAUUAGACCCUGCAUUUAAAUUAUUGGGGCCCAUUGAAGAAAAGUUCAUGGGUAUUGCUGAAUUAUUUGAACCUAAAGAAGAUGGUUCCAAAGAUAAUGUUUACUUAUCUAAAUCAUACGAUGCCUCAUCACAUUUUGAAUCAAUGACUGAUGAUGUCAAAGAUAUUUAUUUCAGAGUCACUGGCCAUCCUUUGGUAUUAAAAGAAAGAGAAGCACAAAAUUAG